AUGUCUCUGUACUUUGAAGCGGCAACCGUCCUCAGCGGCCCCUCCAAUGCUGGCUCGCUCAAGUCGAGGAUAUACACCGGCCAGUGGAAGUCUCCGCCGGCGCAGAUAUACGCCCUCGUCGUCGAGGCCGCAAAGUACGACGGCUUCAUCAAGCAAGUCGUCGACGCUGCCGGCCUCCUAUCACACGAACCCAAGCUCACGCCCUUGCUCUCCCUCCUCCUCGUCCAUGACUUUCUUCUCUCCAAGCGAGGCAUCGCAGCGCCCUCCAGCCAUCCACUCCGUCUCGCCGUAGAGCGCCACAAGACUCGUCUCAAUGCAGAGUUCACCAAGCUGCGGGUUCGCCGGGGCUGUGCAUCUAAAGAAGAACUGAAAAGAUCGCUGCUACAGGACCAACGGACGUCUCAGGCCUUCUCGCCCAGAUGGAUACGCAUAAACAACGCACUCACGACUCUUGCACAGGAGCUGGAGACGACCUUCUCUACUUACUCCCCCGUCGACUCCCUGGCUGAGCUUGCCGCAGACUCGGACUCAGACUCGGAUCGAAAGAGAUACUACUUGGACGAACAUAUUCCAGACCUUCUUGCCAUCGGUCCCGACUCUGAUAUCAUUUCCACUCCCUCGUAUAAAGAAGGGAGGCUCAUACUCCAGGACAAAGCAUCCUGCUUCCCGGCCUACUUGCUCCUCGGUGACAACCCCGAGCAGUGGAGCGGGGAUAUCAUCGACGGUUGCGCAGCCCCGGGCAACAAGACCACACAUCUGGCCUCCCUGCUGUCCUCCCGCCGGAAGUCGGACGGUCAGCAGAAGAACAGGAUAUUCUCACUCGAUGCAUCCCACUCUCGGUCGAAGAUUCUACAGGAAAUGGUCAAAAAGGCAGGCGUCAAGGACCGUGUAACUGUUUUGCCGGGUCAGGACUUUCUGGCACUCGACCCCAAAGACCGUCGGUUCCAACAGGUCACUGCCCUCCUAUUAGACCCGAGCUGUUCGGGGAGCGGGAUUACCAAACGUGAAAACAUACCCCAGCUUGCCCUGCCCAAGUCAAAAUCGGAACUCGCGUCUACAAAUGCCAGCAGUAGACCGAAGAACAAAAAGAGGAAGCGAGGGGACGAGACUGGCCCUACAGCCGCGCCUGCCCCCGCCUCCUCGUCAGACAAUACUGCUGACAGCGCUCGGUUAACCAAGCUCGCCAACCUUCAGAGCCAGAUCAUAGAGCAUGCGUUUCGGUUUCCUGCAGCCACUAGGGUUACGUAUAGUACAUGCUCGAUACACCGACAAGAGAAUGAAGGCGUCGUUGCCCAUGUUCUAGCGUCAUCCAUCGCACGACGUCGCGGUUGGAGGGUUGAGGCUAGAGCGGAUCAGGCGAGCGGCCUUCAUAAAUGGCAUCAUCGCGGCGUGGCCCCGACAUCUGACACUCCCGGCGACGAGGAAACGCUUUCCCCUGAAGAUACGGAGGCAUGCGUCCGAUGCUGGCCCGAAGACGAAGACGGCACGGGAGGGUUCUUCGUCGCUGCAUUCGUGCGUGAUGCGGACGCCGGGGAAGAUGAGGAAGAUGAAGGUGAAGAGGAGUACGAUGAAGAGGUAUGGGAAGGGUGUAGCUCCAGCUAG